AAAUCAGUUGAGGAAACAAAGUUGUGACCAUCUGUUUCACAGAUUACUACUCUUAUUAAUCAUAAGGAUAAACCAAAGCGUUCAGACAAGACUCUGCAAGCAAUUCAGCGAGUGGGCCAAGCAGUUAACCUGGCAGUUGGAAGAUUUGUUACCGUAGGUGAAGCUAUAGCCAACGAAAAUCAUGAACUGAAAGAGGAAAUGAGCGUUGCUUGCAUCGAGGCAAGGAGAGCGGGCGAAACAAUCGCGAAGCUUACGGACGUGGCAAGUUUGGAUCAUCCAGAAUCUGAUAGCCACAUAACAAUCUUUACGGACAAAACGGGUGUGGUAAAAGCUGCAAGGCUGUUGCUUUCUUCUGUCACAAAGGUGCUGGUGUUAGCAGACAGAAUUGUUAUUAAGCAAAUUAUAACUUCCAGAAACAAGGUUCUUGCAACAAUGGAACAACUGGAAAAAGUCAGUAGUUUCCAGGAGUUUGUACAAAUAUUCAGCCAGUUUGGAAAUGAAAUGGUAGAGUUUGCCCAUUUAACUGGAGAUCGGCAAAAUGAUUUAAAGGAUGAGAAGAAAAAGGCUAGAAUGGCAGCAUCUAGAGCUGUUCUUGAGAAGUGCACCAUGAUGCUCCUAACUGCUUCAAAGACUUGUCUGAGGCAUCCAGACUGUGAAUCUGCUCGUAUAAACAAAGAUGGAGUUUUUCAUCGGAUGAGAUUAGCGUUGGAACAGGUAGUAGAAAUUGUAACUGACUCUAGACCAAAUGGAGAAAAUGAAAUGGCCCCUAUUAGCAUAUAUUCAGGCAUCAAAGAAUUCAAGAAUAAGGUGGAGGGUCUUCGUGAGAAUCUUUAUUUUCUCUCAAAAGAGAACCUUUCAACAAUGCUGGAAGUUAUCCUGGAACAUACGGAAGACUUCACAGACUCUGCCUAUACCAGUCAUGAGCACAGAGAACACAUUUUGGAGCUGUCUAAACAGGCUAAAAUGGAGCUAGAGCAGCUGGUUUCAGUGUGGAUGCAAGCU